ACAGCCGCCACCAUGACCGCCACGCUGCGCCCGUACCUGAACGCGGUGCGCGCCACGCUGCAGGCUGCGCUGUGCCUGGAGAACUUCUCCUCGCAGGUGGUGGAGCGGCACAAUAAACCUGAGGUGGAGGUCAGGAGCAGCAAAGAGCUGCUGUUGCAGCCAGUGAUCAUCAGCAGGAACGAGAAGGAGAAGGUCCUCAUUGAGGGCUCCAUUAACUCCGUGCGUGUCAGCAUUGCAGUGAAGCAGGCUGAUGAGAUCGAGAAGAUUUUAUGCCACAAAUUCAUGCGCUUCAUGAUGAUGAGGGCUGAGAACUUCUUUAUCCUGCGCAGGAAGCCUGUGGAGGGCUACGACAUCAGCUUCUUGAUCACAAAUUUCCACACGGAGCAGAUGUACAAACACAAGCUGGUGGACUUUGUCAUCCACUUCAUGGAGGAGAUUGAUAAGGAGAUCAGUGAGAUGAAGCUCUCUGUCAAUGCCAGGGCCCGUAUCGUGGCAGAGGAAUUCCUCAAGAAUUUUUAGGCCGUGGUGCAGGACCCCGUGGCUCCCUGAUGCUUGUGCCUGCCGGGCACCGUGCCUGUGCUUGGUGCCUCUGCAGCUGGGA